AUGGCGGUCCACCUCGCCCGCCGCGACGUCGAACGUCGCAACGACGUCGCGCUCCGGAAUCUCGAUGUCGACGUGGAGGCCACUCACAACGAACCCGCCGAUCCGCGUCCACGCACCGCAACCACGAUGACCACCGCGACUUCGGACCAACACCAGCGAAGCGCCACCGCUGCAUCGGAUCGGUCUCGCGCUGGAGAUAGAUUUCCAGCGGCAGGGUCAGCGUCCACCGAAUUCCCCAUCACGCGAGCGAAAGCCAGAACUGCCCCUGACACCAGACCGGGAAAGCACCAGCGGCAGGAGUCACCCGGCGAAGCACGGUGGUCGGGCGGGCUCGAGCGUCGAGGCAACGGCCUCGUUAUCUUGUACCCGCAGUGCGUAGCGCAACCGACGUCUGCGCCAGGACCACCGCAGUUGUCGAGAAUGCUAUCUGGAUGCCGAGCACUUCCAGCUGCUCACCGAUCAACCGCUUUGCGCCCGAACGUUGUACAGCAACGCGAUACCGCCCACCACGGGCGGCAGAACCAGCAGGGCAGACCUCAGCGAUCGAAGAACGGACAGUCCCCGAAAAUGACUGCGCGCCAAUACCGCGGCCGCAUCGGUACCCCGAACAGGAUGCACAGCAGCGUACUCAUUGCCGCUGUCUUCAAACUCAGCGGAUUUCAACGCGGCAACCGACGAUUCGGAAGUCACGAGUUCCCAAGUAUUGCGACCACUGCACGGUGGCCAGCAUCGCCGCCAAAGGGCGCGAUGACAACCGCUCCGCCGAUCAGCGCCCGGAAGGUAAAUCCAUACCCUGGCAGCCGAGCGGAGCCCGGACUGCCGGUCUUAGGUGUGUCACGGGGCAGCGAAUCCCGCGUCACUCAGAACUGCACCAGGCCCUUAGGCCCCUUCACGAGAUCGACGAAUUUGGUUGCCGUUCCCGAAUUCUUCGAGAUCCUUCAGCACCGCAAUCUGGUACAGGAU